CCAGGUUUCUCCCAAAGGAGUAAAAGCUCCUUCCCUCCCUGAUCUCUGCCUUCUUCCAGCUGUGCUCUUGUUCUUGCUGUGCCUCUGGUUGCUCCAGCAACCAUGAGCCGCCACUUUAGUUCUCAAUCUGCAUUCAGCUCAAGAAGCAGGCGGGCCUAUGCCUACAGGUCUUCCUCAGGCUUUGGUGAUGGGAGUCGGGCUGUGGGGUCUGUGAGUCAGGGCUGGGGGAGGCCUGGUUCUGGUGGAUAUGGGGGCCACGGAAGAGGGUUUAGCUCUAGGAGUCUUUUCAACCUCGGUGGCAGUAAAAGUAUCUCCUUGGGCCUGGUGGGGAGAAGUGCCAGUGGUUUCCACCAGGGUAGGGGAGCAGCAGGAGGAUUUGGAGCAGGCAGAAGGUUUGGGGGUUAUGGUUUUGGCAGUAGUAGUUUUGGGGGUGGGAGAUUUGGAGGUAGUCACCAUGGAGGAGGUGGUUUGGGGGCUGCAGGAUUUGGGGCUAUCAAUCUUGGGUCUUCGGGCUUUGGUCCUUCAUAUGCUCCGGGUGGCAUCCAUGAGGUGACCAUUAAUGAGAGCCUCCUAGAGCCACUUCACUUGGAAGUGGACCCUGAAAUUCAGAGGAUCAAGACCCGGGAACGGGAACAGCUUAUGGUUCUCAACAACAAGUUUGCUGCCUUCAUUGAUAAGGUGCGAUUCCUGGAGCAGCAGAACCAGGUGCUGCAAACUAAAUGGGAGCUGCUGCAGCAGGUGGACACCUCAGUACGGACCAACAACCUGGAAACCUUCUUUGAGAGCUACAUCAGUGAGCUGCAGAGGAAGGUGGAUGUUCUUAAUGCUGAGCGGAUGCGCAAAGCCUCAGAGAUCAAGAGCAUGGAGGAUGUUGUGGAGGACUACAAGAACAAGUAUGAGGAAGAAAUCAACAAGAGGACCAACACUGAGAAUGAAUUUGUGGUUCUGAAGAAGGAUGUGGAUGCUGCUUAUAUGAACAAAACGGAUCUGGAAUCCAAAGCAGACACAUUGUUUGAGGAGGUCAAUUUUCUAAAAUAUUUAUUUGAAAUGGAGCUGUCCCAGAUGCAGACCCACAUCAGUGACACUAAUGUCAUCCUAUCCAUGGAUAAUAACCGCACCCUGGACCUGGACAGCAUCAUUCAAGCAGUGCAGGCUGAGUAUGAGCUGAUCAUACAGAGGAGCAAGAAUGAGGCUGAGACGCUGUACCAGACCAAGUACCAGGAACUCCAGAUCUCAGCAGGAAGACAUGGAGACGACCUGAAAAAUACUAAGAUGGAGAUUUCUGAGCUCAAUCGCAACAUCCAGAGGAUGCAGGCAGAGAUUGCCAGUGUCAAGAAGCAGAUUGAACAGGCACACUCGGCCAUUUCGGAUGCUGAGGAGAGAGGAGACCGGGCCCUCCAGGAUGCAAAACAGAAGCUACAGGACAUGGACGAGGCCCUGCAGCACUCCAAGGAGAACUUGGCCCGGCUGCUGCGUGACUACCAGGCAAUGCUGGGGGCCAAGCUGUCCCUGGAUGUGGAGAUCGCCACCUACCGCAAGCUGCUGGAGUGUGAGGAGCUCAGGAUGUCGGGAGAGCUGCAGAAUCAAGUAAGCAUCUCGGUGCAGAGCAGCCAGGUGACCAUGAGUGGCAGCGGCGGCGGUGGAGGUGGCUCCGGAGGUUAUGGAGGCGGCAGCUAUAGCAGCGGCGGGGGCAGUUCUGGAGGCCAAGGUUCCCAUAGGGGCAGUGGCGGUGGCUACGCGAGCGGCAGCGGCGGCGGGAGCUACGGAGCCAGCAGCAGGAGCAGCAGCAAGUACCGUGGCGGCAGGAGCAGCGGCGGUGGCGGCUCCUCGCGUGUGCAGAUCAUCCAGACCUCCACCAACUCCUCCCGCAGGCGGUUCGUGGAGUAGAGGCCGAGCUGAGGCGGUGUCAGAGUUCCGCACUCCGAGAAGGCGCGGGACUUCUGUUAAGGCCCCCCAACCCCUCCACACUCUCCCUGACUCUCACUUAGCUCUACCUGAGGGAUCUCAGAAAUUUUGUCCAUAAAUUCAGUUCUAGGUGGGGAAGCAGGGUGGCUAAACCCAGUUAGCCCUCUCUCUUUGGAGGGCACUGAAUCUGAUGUCACAGUCAGACAUCUCCUUAUCGGGCCUCCCCUAGGCUGCCUCUGCUCCUGUCCCUGGGGAAACUUCACAGCCUAGUUAAGAGGUGGAGGGAAAGAGCCUAUGAAGCAGCUUCACCACAGAGAAUCCAGAGUUGAUGUCAACUACACCAAAGGUCUUCCUCCCAGGUGCUUUGCCCACACCUGGGCCUCUCCAUGAGCAACAGUCCAUCCCUUGGGGACCAGGGAAUAAUCCCUUUGGACAAGUGGCUGAUUUCCCAGAAACUAGCUCGGUGAGGUACCUUUGUACCAGGGCCAAUUCCUGCUUCAUGGUCUGUAGCCUCACACUUGCAUGUUGGUGGCAGGUGUAGAUUUGCUGCCUACAUCAUAUGCCCAUAGGUCACACCUGUCCUGAUCCUGUCCCCAGAAAUGUUAUCCCCAGUACCAGGUGGGAGUAUUCAGCAGCCAGGUGAGCACAUCUUGUCUAAAAGAGGAGUAUAUCCUUGUCCAAAGGGAGGAUUGUCCUUAGCAGUGGGUGGAGGGGUGAUAGACAGUCAAAUUCUGCUUCUGUCCUGCCCCUCCAGCCAGCUCCAUUCUUUGGAAACCUGUCCCUUUCCAGAGCCUUCUCCAUUAGGGCUGUGCUGAGAACUGCUCCACGGGCUUGGUACCUGCACCCCAGCUCUGCUCCAGGCCCCGGGCCCAGGAGUGUGAGCAUCUGUCUUGGGUUUUGGGCUUAGGUCCAUCUGAAAUCUCCCCAUUUUUUGCAAGGCAGUUGGUGGUUUUUUCUAAGACCUUGUAAGUUCCUCUGCCUUCUGUUCUCUGUGGCUCUGAGUACUUUGUGAGACUGUAACUCCUAAUUCAGAGUCAUAUAUAAAAUGCUUGAAAUGUGUUGGAGGUGUAGGAGGGGGAACUGACAGAGGGAGUGUGGUUUGCUUCUCAGAUCUGGAGUCUACUUCAUGUACUUGGCAAGUCUACACAGCCACCGUGUCCGUGAUUCUAUCAGGGCAUUUGAUGGGUCCCGUAUGGGCCCCUUGGGGAGGGCUUAUGACUUCAUCAUUUCUUGGUCAAAAGUUUUACCCUCUGGGCUUGGCAUUUCUGUUCUCUUUAAAAUAAAAUGUUCUGUAAUCUCAAAAUA